CCGGUUCCGGCCCGCUCCCCUUUGUGCUGGAGAAGAUGGCGGCGCGGGCGGGAUUCCAGUCGGUUACUCCCAGCGGUGGCGGUGGUGGAGCCGCUGCUGGGGCCGGUGCGCUGGGGCCGGGCACACCGGGUGGGCCGGUGCGCAUGGGACCGGCUCCGGGACAGGGCUUGUACCGCUCGCCGUUGCCGGGAGCCGCCUACCCGCGUCCCGGAAUGUUACCGGGCAGCCGGCUGGCACCUCAGGGUCCCUCCAUGGGGCCCCCCGGUUACGGCGGGAGCCCGGCGGUGCGGCCCGGGAUGGCGCAGGCCAGCCUGGACCAGGCGCGCAAGAGACCGGCGCCGCAGCAGCUCCAGCAGGUGCAACCGCAGGCCGUGCCCAACCGCAACCACAACGCUAAAAAGAAGAAGAUGGCUGACAAAAUUCUACCUCAGAGGAUUCGUGAACUUGUACCCGAGUCUCAGGCCUAUAUGGACUUGCUGGCCUUUGAAAGGAAAUUGGACCAGACGAUCAUGAGGAAACGCUUGGAUAUCCAAGAGGCUUUGAAGCGACCAAUUAAGCAAAAACGAAAGCUACGUAUUUUUAUCUCCAAUACCUUCAAUCCAGCCAAGUCAGAUGCAGAGGAUGGUGAAGGAACAGUUGCCUCCUGGGAGCUUCGGGUGGAAGGACGGCUGCUGGAAGAUUCUGCUUUGUCCAAAUAUGACGCCACCAAGCAGAAAAGAAAGUUCUCAUCCUUCUUUAAAUCUCUGGUCAUUGAACUCGAUAAAGACCUGUAUGGCCCUGACAAUCACCUAGUAGAGUGGCACAGGACUGCUACAACUCAGGAGACAGAUGGCUUCCAGGUGAAGAGGCCAGGAGAUGUAAACGUGCGCUGCACUGUCCUUCUGAUGCUGGAUUACCAGCCUCCCCAGUUCAAAUUGGAUCCCCGCUUGGCUCGUCUCUUGGGGAUUCACACUCAGACCCGUCCAGUGAUCAUCCAGGCAUUGUGGCAAUAUAUCAAGACUCACAAGCUCCAGGACCCCCAUGAGCGGGAGUAUGUCAUCUGUGACAAAUACCUCCAGCAGAUAUUUGAAUCUCAGCGGAUGAAGUUCUCUGAAAUCCCACAAAGACUUCAUGCAUUGCUUAUGCCCCCAGAACCGAUCAUCAUUAAUCAUGUGAUCAGUGUUGACCCAAAUGACCAGAAGAAAACAGCUUGCUAUGACAUUGAUGUGGAGGUGGAUGAUACCUUGAAAACUCAGAUGAAUUCCUUUCUGCUGUCCACAGCCAGUCAACAGGAAAUUGCUGCUCUGGAUAACAAGAUUCAUGAAACAAUAGAGACAAUUAACCAGCUGAAGACCCAGCGCGAGUUCAUGCUGAGCUUUGCCCGAGAUCCUCAGGGCUUCAUCAACGAUUGGCUACAGUCCCAGUGCCGGGAUUUAAAGACAAUGACUGACGUUGUUGGGAAUCCUGAAGAGGAGCGUAGAGCUGAGUUCUACUUCCAGCCGUGGGCUCAGGAAGCCGUGUGCAGAUACUUCUACUCAAAGGUGCAGCAAAGACGGCAGGAAUUGGAGCAGGCCCUGGGAAUCCGUAACACAUAGGCUGCUCCGCUCCUCCCCAACCAGAAGGCAUCACAGCUAUUUGUGGAGACAGAGAGCUGCAGAGUACACUGUUAAGGCUCACAUAAUCCCACUCCGGCAGCGAGGCCCGCAUCAUUAUUCAUCCUGGCAUUGUCCCUGUUGGGACAACUCCAGGACACCUGGGGUCUUCUGGGGUGUGGCAAGCAAGACAGGCUCCAAUGAGCACACAUUUCUACCUGGUUUUCUUCCUGACUGUUGCCUUGUCAGUCCCAAGGCUUCCGAGAGCCUCCCCUUGACUCCACACUGCCUGUAGUGUCCCCAGUAGCCAGUACGACUGCUGACUUGGAGCCUUUCUCAAGUUCAGAAACCGCAGCCCAUUCCUCGCCAACUAGCAUCUAGUUGUGGCACACGUGAGACCUGGGUCUGGGAAGCCUGGAUCUGCUGUAAGCGUGGGGUUCCGUGGCUAGUGUCUUCCCUGCCUUGUUUUAUAGCAAGGUGCCAGGACGUGUAUUGGGCAGGAUGCCGUGAGCUGACAUACCUCCCUGCCCUUACUCCCUCGCUCGGAGGGUGCUGCUGCACUGGGCUGCCUCAUAGGUCACUUUCCUCCUUGAGGAAGUUACUGAACUGUCUAGAGAAUUGCUUCUUCCCUUGUCCCUUUUUCCCUGCCCUGUUCCCUUCAUGUUCUUUGACAGACUGUCCUAGGCUGGGAUCACAGGGGAGAUGAGGCAUUGGCUUACUGCAGGGAUGUGGAAGCAUUGGAGUGGUGGGACUUCUCUGCACUUCAAAAGACCUACACUUGCGGUUCCAGCAAGCCAUCUGGCUGUUUUCCCUGCAGCAGGGAGAGGGGAUGCAGCAAAUGCCUGGUGGAAUUGUGCAGGGGCGCAGCGUUGUAGGCUCAUUCCUUUGGGACAGUUAUCCUGUGUCAGUUACUAUGGGGACCAGAGGCUCCUUCGUGUCGACCUGAGGACGUAACAGGACAGUCCUUGGGAGCGGACAUAGCUCUGAGCAUAUACAAGUUAGCAGGUGUUUCCAUGCUGAAGCUCCUGUGGUUUUUAGUCAAGUUUUAGGUUCUGGGGCUGCUAUAAGGCCCAGCAUGGUUCAGGAAUGUACAAGUAGAUUUUUCUCUACUAUGGGGAGUAGCAGCCCAGAUGCCUCUUCAUGGAAGGAAUUACUAGUGAACUAGUGGCCAGGUGUAAGAGAAUGGCUUCUCUUAACCUGGAUCUCAGUAUUUCUGCUUGGGACUGUAAUGCAAAUGGACUUGAAAGUUGGUCAUAUUCUCUUGGAAUAGCUGCAAAGUCAUGUUAUAGAUGAACACCUCUCAUCCCCGCACCUGGCUUUGGUGUGGUUGGGAAGGUUGCUAUGAAUUCGGGAGCCUGGGUGGCCCUACUCCUUGUGUCUGUGUUACUACAUGUCUGUGAGUAAUAGACUCUCGACUUCCCUCCUCCUUGCCCCCUUAUGAAAUGGCUCCUCUGUGGUACUGGGGUGAAGGUCUUUGUGCUGAUGAAGCAGCCCACUGACUCCUCAGGGUAAUCACACAUGAAGGAUGCUGAGUACUGCGUAGGCAAACAUAGCUGUUGCAGAAUAACUGCUUUUCUUAACUGAAUAUUACGGUUUUUUCCAUGGACCAAAUUUUUUUUUUUUGUACUGUAUCCUUGUAGACGUCACCCAGUUUUAAUAAAAGCCUCCUGCGAAGGAA